AUGUCUUCACCGCCAGCUGCACCGAGCAGUCCGCCUCAGGAUAACUAUGGUCCCGACGAACAAUUGCGCAACGAAGCAGCAGCCUCGCAGGGCUCAUUGCAACCCCCUACCGAUGGAACCACACAGAACUCGUCACAGGUCCCGCCUGCAUCGUCACCGCUGUUCUUCCGCUCAUCUCCUGCGGCCAAUGGCGGCGCUGAUGGUAUGAGCUCGCCUAUCAGAGCAGGUUCGACUCUGCCUAGCGAUGGAGGUCCCACGCCUAGAGCAUCUGGACAGACCAUAGGAGACUCUUCUCCUAUUCGUUACGCUUCCAGUUCCAGCGGCGCACCCUUGACAGCCGGCGACCGAGCCAACCAGCUCAGAAGCGACAGCAGUGGUCUAUUCGUGCGCUCACCUUACUCUGGAGCCCCAGUCGGCGCGGUCAAUAGACGCCACGAUAUCGAUUCGGAUAUUCUCUCUGGGAGCGGCCGAAGAAGAAGGUUGUUCGUCGACGAGAACGGCAGACCUACACGCGACGAAACAUCACACUCGGACACUGCCACAUUUUCCAAUGUUGACCCACACACUUCUGAAGCUAACAUUCUCGGAGGCCAUUCGACAAGGACCGUCUGGGGUACCAACAUCAGUGUUUCCGACACCUUGAGCACCUGUCAGACUUUCUUCCGUGACUUCCAGAAGAAGUACCGCAUGCGCCACGAUGGAGAUCUCACAGAUACCCAAAACCUGCCCCCAAAUCAUCCUGGAAACGAGAAGAUCUACUUGGACACUCUGGAGCUGAUGUUGGAUCUGGGAACAACCCAGCUCAACCUGGAUAUGGAAAAUCUCAAGGCUUAUCCCUCUACACAAAAGCUUUGGUACCAGAUGCAGAACUUCCCUGCCGAGAUUCUUCCCAUCUUCGACCAGGCCUUGAAAGACACUAUGAUUGAGCUGGCUGAGAAGCGCAUGGCCGAGACGCGAAUGCAAGCCCAACAUCGUGAGCAGACGGCUAGAGGUGACUCUGUGCCCGCCAUUCCUUCUUCAGAUAUCGAUGCUACUACACCGCGGCCUGCACAAGGCCCUGAGGACCCCAACGAGCCUGACCUUGUUCGAGAAGUCGAGGCCCGUAUCUUCAGAAUCAGACCUUUCAACAUGGGCAAGACCAUCAACUUGCGCGACCUUAACCCGGGAGACAUGGACAAGAUGGUCAGCGUCAAGGGUUUGGUCAUCAGAACCACACCAAUCAUCCCCGAUAUGAGAGAGGCUUUCUUCCGAUGCUCUGUCUGUCAUCAUACCGUCAGGGUCGACAUCGAUCGUGGCAAGAUCGCAGAGCCAACCGUCUGUCCUCGUGAUCAAUGCGCUUCUCCCAACUCCAUGCAGAUUGUACACAAUCGCUGUACCUUCUCCAACAAGCAAGUCAUCAAGUUGCAGGAGACUCCCGAUCGUGUACCCGAUGGACAAACUCCUCACUCGGUUUCGCUCUGUGUCUACGAUGAUCUGGUAGAUGUGUGUAAAGCUGGUGACAGAGUCGAGAUUACCGGUGUCUUCAAGUGCAACCAAGUCCGCAUCAACCCUCGUCAACGAUCAGUCAAGAACAUCUUCAAGACGUACAUUGACUGUGUGUUCAUCAAGAAGGUCGACAAGCGUCGCAUGGGCAUUGACAUCUCGACUCUCGAGGAAGAGUUGUCAGAGCAAGCUUCCGGUGGUAAGGAAGAAGUCCGAAAGGUCAGCGCAGAAGAAGAGGCGAGAAUUCUUGAGACUGGUUCUCGACCGGACGUGUACGAUCUGCUGUCUCGCUCGCUGGCUCCCAGUAUCUACGAGAUGGACGACGUAAAGAAGGGCAUUCUUCUCCAACUCUUCGGAGGUACCAACAAGUCAUUCGACAAAGGUGGUAGCCCCAAGUACCGUGGCGACAUCAACGUCUUGCUCUGUGGUGACCCCUCAACAGCCAAGUCGCAGAUUCUCUCUUACGUCCACAGGAUUGCCCCUCGUGGUGUCUACACCAGUGGUAAGGGUUCUUCGGCCGUUGGUCUGACUGCCUAUGUCACUCGUGACCCCGAGACAAGAACGCUUGUUCUGGAAUCUGGUGCUCUCGUCCUGUCAGACGGUGGUGUCUGCUGUAUUGACGAGUUCGACAAGAUGAAUGACUCGACCCGCUCAGUCUUGCACGAAGUCAUGGAACAGCAAACUGUCUCUAUCGCAAAGGCCGGUAUCAUCACGACAUUGAACGCAAGAACCAGUAUCCUGGCAUCCGCCAACCCCAUCGGCAGUAAAUAUAACCCUAACCUGCCUGUACCUCAAAACAUCGACCUGCCACCUACACUGCUGUCCCGUUUCGAUCUGGUCUACCUCGUACUCGACCGCAUCGACGAGAUGAACGAUCGCCGCAUGGCAAAGCAUUUGGUCGGAAUGUACCUCGACGACGCCCCUGAGAAUGCCAGUGCGAAUGAGAUUCUCCCCGUUGAAUUCCUCACCUCCUACAUAUCCUACGCUCGCAACAACAUUCAACCAAAAAUCACCGAAGAGGCCUCCCAAGCCCUCGUCGACGCCUACGUCUCCAUGCGUGCCCUGGGCGCCGACGUCCGCGCCGCAGAUCGCCGCAUCACAGCCACAACCCGUCAAUUAGAAUCCAUGAUCCGUCUCGCAGAAGCACAUGCGAAAUUGCAUCUUCGCAGCGAAGUCACCGCUGACGAUGUGGGAGAAGCUGUACGCUUGAUUCAAUCCGCGCUCAAGCAAUCGGCGACGGAUUCGAGGACUGGACUCAUUGAUAUGGGAUUGUUGACUGAAGGUACCAGUGCUAGUGAGAGAAAGAGGAAGGCAGAUCUCAAGGAUGCUGUGCUCAGUGCUGUUGACGAUAUGCUCAGGGGUGGUCAGUCGAGUGUCAGGGUCAACGAGGUGUUGAGAAGAGUAGGCGAGGAUGCCACUGUUACUGUGGAAUCUGCCGAGUUGGCGGAGGCUCUAAGAUCAUUGGAGGGAGAAGGCAAGUUAUUGAUUUCGGGCGAAGGUCAGAGGAGGUCUGUCAGAAGGGUCACUGGUAUUGCUUGA